AUGGCCUCCCAGAACCACGACCCAGCCGCUGCCAGCGUCACCACCACCCGGAAAGGAGCCAUGCCCAGCGGGGACGCCGCCCGGGGUCCUAUGGGCAAGAGGCUACAGCAGGAGAUGAUGACCCUCAUGAUGUCUGGUGACAAAGGAAUUUCUGAUUUCCCUGAGUCAGACAACCUUUUCAAAUGGAUAGGGACCAUCCAUGGAGCAGCUGGCACAGUGUAUGAAAAUCUGAGGUAUAAACUCUCCCUAGAGUUCCCCAGUGGUUACCCUUACAAUGCACCCACAGUGAAGUUCCUCAUGCCCUGCUGCCACCCCAACAUGGACACUCAGGGUAACAUCUGCUUGGACAUCCUCAAGGAUAAGAGGUCAGCCCUGUAUGACAUCAGGACCACCUUGCUGUCCAUCCAGAGCCUGCUAGGAGAACCCAACUUCUACAGCCCUUUGAACACACAUGCUGCCGAGCUCUGGAAAAACCCCACAGCUUUUAAGAAGUACCUGCAAGAAACCUAUUCAAAGAGGUUUCCAGCCAAGAGCCCUGACCCCACAGCUGUCCAGCCUCUCUUUGUGUCGUCUUUGUAUUUUUAG